AUGUUGACCUUGGUGGUAACUUUUAGUGUAUUACAAAAUGUUGCUGGUUUAUUACCUAAUGGUUGCCACCGACUGGAAGACCUUCCGCUAGAUACAGCUGAUCCUGGCACUAUAUUUGGAACAAAUAAUGAAAUAAAUCAGAAAGCGCCACCUCACAGAACUGGUAACCUUCGAUCACAACGCCCUCUACCUACUCAGCACUUUGCUAGCAAUGCCAUAAAAGCAUCGCCUGUUCCAAUGAUUCUGUAUCCAUAUGAAGCCUUAAUGGGGAGUGAUGGUAUGGUCUAUGACGCCUAUACUUUAGAUAGAUGGUCCGACCCUGACAGGUCGGACAUGAUGUUACAGCAGUCUGCUAGUGUUGCUGGACAAUCUUGGAAUAAGCUAUGGUCACUUGGAACAAAUAUGAAACAGAUGACCUCCGGUCCAGAUGGCAACAAGGGUGGGGUAUUCACAGGUAAAUCAGGGGUGAGGAUUGGAAUAUCUGGAAGUUCGGAGCCUGUCAUGACCGAUUUUGGAGAUUUAUAUGCCAACUUUGAAUACCAUGGAAACGGUGGAACAAUGGAGGUCCCAUUGGUCAGAGGUUCUGCUCUUUUAACGCACAUAUUUACAAAUGCUGAUCCAGUAAUUAAACCAUAUUGUUUAAGCAAUAUAAAUGGUCAACAAACUCACUUUGACUGUCCUAAAGAAGCAACAGCAUUUGAUGGAGGAAGUGGACAUCUAUCAGGUACAUGCAGUGGUGGAACUUUGCAUAUCGUACUAGACAGCGACAAACCUAUACAUGACAUUACACGUUUACAGUAUGCAGUUAAUUCGUUGUCAAACUGGCGUUCAGGAAAACAUGGAAUGCGGAACUGCGACAAGAACUCCUGUCAUCUCUCUAACGAAGAUAAACGAGUCACUAUAAAUAUUCCUAAUUCACAUGGACAAAUGGCAUUUGCUGUCAACUACAUCGGACAUUAUCUUUUACCUGGGAAUUGGGUUCCAAACCCACAACAAGUAACGUGUAGUGGAAAAAGGGAUAAAGAGUAUGCCGAAAAAGAAGUGCACGAAAAGCGCGCGAUUUGUCAUCCAGGUGACAUUUCUGCAUCAGCAGUCUGCGAUGUCAAUAGAAACAUUGAUAUAACUAUUGAUCUGGGUUCAAGUGAUAUUCCGAUUGAAAAGAUACAAUAUGCAAUGGAAGGUUCGGAUGUUUGGCAUCACCCUCCAGCAAUGCACAAUUGUAAACCGGAUCGUUGUUCACGUACUGGUAGAUUUAUUCAUAUCAAACUCACAACUUUGUCUAAUAAUUUCAACUAUGCAGUUAAUUUCAUUGGUUGUACCACAGUUCCAGGUAACUGGAUUGAUCAACCCCUCACUGGAACAUGUGGAGCCAGUGUAAAUACACCCUCACCAACCUCUGCGCCAACACAAAUGCCAGUCCAAACACACAAUCCAGUAAUAACAAACCCUACACAGGCUCCACAUAAUACUGGAACAGGGACUGUACAAGUAAAACAUGGAUCGAAGUUCAUUAUGGAGUUGAAUGAACCUGGCGAUGAGCUUCCAAACCAAACAAGAAAGUAUUUGAUUUAUUUUUCACAACCAGUUACUCCACAUGUCAAUCAAGGUCAAAGUACGAUAAACUUUACUCCAACAAGUGGCGGAAAAUACAAUGGCAUCGUUCAACUGGCGUACCUUGGUGCUGGCCCGCGUGGAGAUACGACACAUAACAAUGAUUUAGAUAAAUAUUUGGGCGUUUACUCAUACAAACCCUCAGCGGGCUAUUGUGUUUCCGAGGAGGUCAAUAAAACCUUUGUCAGCUUUGAUUGGAAUCCAAACAAUCAACAUGCAGUUAAAUCUAUGGGCGAAUUAAUGAUGAUAACGAUGCCUCAUCAUGCACUGAUCCUAAAGAAAGAUUAUGCAAGUCAUUUGAAGAGUACAGUAUAUGGCUUUGAAGGAUAUGUUGGUAGCAGUUGGCUGAUGGAAAUGGACAUGCCUAGAGCUGCAAUGGAACCUGAAAAUGCCGCUGUGAACAUGAUAAAAAGAAAUGCACAACAGAAUAAGGACAUGCUGGAUGCUAUUGCGAAGGAUGCAUCUGAAACCAUUUUAGAUCAGAUAUGUGGUAGAGUAGACAGUUAUGGGGGCGGUAAAGAAAUCGGCAUGUUGGCAAGACUUGCUAGUAUAUCACGUGCUUUUAAUACAAACCAUUACCAGAAAUUGGACUCUAGCAUAAAGAAUUGUUUGGAGAAAUGGCUUCGAAUAGAUGAUACUUUGUAUGAAAUGUGGAAGUUUAGAUACGAUAGUGUUUGGGGAGGAAUGUUUCUGAGAUCUACAAAUAGUCGUACGUUGGACUUUGCUUCUGACUUUGGAUUCACUUUCUACAAUGACCACCAUUUCCACAUCGGAUACUUUCUAUAUGCAUUAGCCUACUAUGUUAGACAUGAUCAGGCAUGGGGAAAACAGCAUAAGCACAGAAUCUACGCCUUGGCACGGGAUGUUGGUAAUCUAAGUUAUAAAGACAAACAUUUUCCUGUUGCCAGACAUAAAGACGUAUAUACUGGAUUCUCGUGGGCAUCUGGUAUUGCUCCUGGUAUAAGACAGGAAGAAUCUUCAUCUGAGGGUUUAAAUUGCUAUCAUGCUCUGGCUGCCUUGGGCGAUGCCUACAACGACUCUCGUCUUAAACACACUGGACAGGUGCUAUUGGCUAUGGAGAUUGCUUCAGUCAGAGAGUAUUGGCAUGUCAGGGACCAUAACUACAACCAUUUCCCACCACUAAUACAAAAAUUUGGAGCUGUCGGUAUGAUCGGAGAACAAAGUUUCUAUUUGUACACACUCAACUGGCCAUGUGAUCCUAACGUGUUCCCACAGCGACAUGCUUGUCUGAUUGGAAUACAGGUCAUGCCUAUAACAAGUGUAUCCAAAUAUUGGUUGGAUAAGGAUUGGGCUAAGCAUGUGCUUAAUUCUUGUACUGAAGCAGUCAAUCCUACCUCAGCAAAAGAUUACCAUUUAACAGGAGGAAGUAGGCAACUUAAUUCAGGAUGGAAAGCAUUCUGUUAUGUUGCUAUGGCACCUUAUGAUGCUGCCCAUGCUACAGAAGCUGCUAAUUAUGUCAAACAGCAAUCACCACGACACCUAGUGGGUGGCACUAGUUCCUCUAGUACACUUUUAUUUAUUUAUGGACGUACAUAAAAAUUUGGCAUAAAAGAAGACAAACAGUCACAUUUUGUAUACUUGUAUUAUGAAUCUUUGUUUUCAUUGUACAUAUAAAAUUAAGCUUGACAUUC